UCCCCGGUGGAAUUGCCCACGUCCAGCGCGAGAUGUUGGGGUUCGUGUUCGCAGAUGCGGAUGGGGAGAAGAAGGAGUAGGAGUAGACGGAGUGGAAGCGUACGCGUGAGAGUGGGAGUGAGAGUGAGAGUGAGAGUGAGAGUGGGGAUGGGGAUGGGAUGGGGAGCGCAGGAGGUGAAGGGGGAUUCGGGAACUGCCAAGCCUACGGAGGUGUUUAUCCGGAGGACGAGGGGACUCGCUCAUCGGCCAAAGGCGUCCCGCCUCGAAAGGGGUCCAAAACAGAGCUUGAUGAGGGCGGGUACCUUUGAGAAACCAGCUUCCGUCCGACUGCCGGUCUUCAGCCUUAUAAAGCUCAUUUCUUCCACUUGGACUGACCUCUUCAGCUUAAUAGUUUCUUUAGAUGUCUGAGAAUCUUUAAAGUUAAACGGUUUCCCGGAUGUACGUGUUUAUUAAGUAUUGAACAACCCGG